UCAACUCGUCUACGUAGUAUUAUAGGUAAAACGUUGUAAAAGCUCGCACAAUAGUUUAAUCGCGCUUUAAGUUUGCCCACAUUAACGAUUAAAACGAGUUGAUAAAAUUAAAAAACUUUUAUAAUAUAAAAACAAGUAACUACGCAGGCGUUUUUUUUGUCUUUCCCUUUUUUUUCCUUUCUUGUUUUCAUCUCACAACCAUAUCAACAACGACAACACUCCGCAGUUUUCCACCAGUAUGUUAUCAACGUUGUUUUGUUUUUCAUAAUGUUUAAAUUUUUUACUGCGAAUCUCGUGCCUAUAGAAUUUUAUCAAUACAUAUCAAUGUGAAAAUGUGAUCGAUACGUGUUAUCAACGGUACCUAAAAUUAUGAAAAUUCCAUACAUAUGGUAUUCAACGUUAACGGUUUUUGUAAUUAUUGGAAAAGCCAUUAGUAAACCGAGAGCUUUCGUCGAUACUUCGAUUAAUGGAUAUAUUACUGAAAGGGUAUGUUGGUCGAAUGAAGCUUGCAAGGAGGAAUUUCAAGCAAUAUUCGCUUGCAGGUGCCCGGAAUGGUCUUAUUGUCGAAGUCCAGGCAAAUACUAUAACGCUUAUUGUUCCAUAAUGGAGACCGGUUACAUCUGGAUGCAAAAUCCGCGAAAUAACUUCACCGUUUUUUAAAGAGGAUUAUUCUCACCUUGUUUAGUUUAUUGUUUAUUUUAUUGCAGCACGAUAUUAUGUGUAAGCUUUUCUUGUGUACCAAUACCAAUACCAAUACCAAUACCAAUAUCCUCCUACAUAAACAUACAUAUCCAGUGGGGUGACAACGAAUAUGACCCGGGGAAUUAUUCUUUUACAUCUGCUCGGUGUACUAUAGUCUAGCCUACUACUAAAAAUGUUCAUUUCGGUUUAAAAAAUAAUUAUUCUAAAAGUUUCGAAUCGAUAAAAUUGGUGUUGAAACGAGACGCGGAGGUCAUUGCGAAAAAUAGUAUGGGUUUGUAGCGGGUGCGACUGCGAACGCAGCUUCCCACGACGGUCUGGUAGGAAAUGUGAGGUGUUCGGUAUCGUUACAAUUAAGUGUUGUGAUUCUGGCUACGAACUUCUAGCUAUUUGAGUGAACGAAACAGUUCAUUCUGAGGGACGACUGAUGCAAAAAUCUAAUUCCUGAAAUCAAUUUGUUGAUAAUUUUUUGAAUUUUACAUUCCAUAACUUGGUAGGUGUGAUGUUUGAAAAGAAAAUUAAAAUCAUCUAAAAAAGUGCCUAAUUUGCUGGGCAGCAGAUGCCAACUUCAAAAUUUAGGCGCUUUGAAAUUUUAGAAAUUAUUUAAACAAACAAUUCCAAAGUGAACUCUCCUCCCCCCCUCCUCCCUCCCCAUCAAUAAAAUCAAUGAGGCACAUUAUAUUCAAACACAUUUUUUUUUUCAAUUUUGAAAAUAGAUUGUGAACCAUCAGAAUAUAUAAGAUAGAAAAAAUUAUUCAAAAAAUUGCAGCUACACAAUUCUCAAUUUUCUCAAUUCUUUUCUAAAAAAAAAAUCAAUAAACAAUUUUAGUCUUUAGAGAAUUUUUUCAAAAGUAGAUCAUUCUUACUUUCAAUUCAUUUUGGAGGAUUUUUAGAAUUUUAUCACAAUCUUCAAAAAAAAAUGUCAUGACUUGUAAUGGAUUUGUUGAUGAUUGGCAAGUACAUACCAUAUGUAAAUGUAUACUGCGGUCUAAUUUAAAACUCACGAAUUUUUAAUUUUAUUUAAACUGAAUUUCUUGACUGUUUUCAAAAAAUCUAUGUAGGUACUAAAGGAAUUUCUGUUGUUUUUUUUCAAUCUUGGAAGAUUUUGAACUAAGAAGUGGAGACCUGAAGGGAGAGGAGCAAAGAAGUUCUUACGAAUAUGUCAUUCAUCGCAUUUUUCGAAGACUUUCAGUAUAUUUUUUAUGAAAUUUUCCAAUUUCGAAUUUAUCUUGGUCGAACUUUGCCUUGAUUUCAAUGAAAUUUCCUGAUUUAUGAUGCAUUUCUUGAUGGUUUUUAAAGGACUGUUAUUUAUUUAAUCAAUAAUCAUCGUUAUACGAGUAACUACACAAAAAUGGGUUGCAAACGAUUUUGAGAAAAUAAAUUUGAAUAAUAAUUUUAUUUUCGAAAUUCAGAUUCUAUGAAUAGAAUUGACGUUACAAAAUUUUUGUCAUUUUCUCUACUUUGAAUCUGAAUAUAGGUGUCUAAAAAAUCCUGAAGAUUUUCAGGAUUUAUAUAUUUUUGUUGGUAGUAUUUUUGGUGUUGGAAUAUGAAAAAAUUUUGGAAUGAACUCUCUUCGGACUAAAUUCUGAUUUUCAAUUUCAAGGGUUUUUCAAACAAUUUCAAUGUAUUUUUAUUCAAUUUUUGGAUAAAUUUUCAUAAUUUUUUGAAAUAAUUUCGAACUCAUGUCGUUAUCUAUUAGAAUAUGCAAAUACUUAUAAAAAGUAAUUGACAAAAUCAUGACUGUUUUUUUUUUUCAUUUUCGCCAUUUAUUAAUUUUUAAGAAUUCGACUCUGAAAAUUCUUAUUUUGAGAUUCAUAUCGAAAGUGAUUCUCAAAAUGUUAGAAAAAUCAAAAAAUGUGCAAAAAAAAGUAAUUUACAGAGUUCAAGCCGUUUAGCAUUUUUUGCAAAAUCCACAUGAAAAGUUCUACUUGUAUUCUGAGAAUUUUGAAAAUUUUUAGAAGAUCGAAUUGAAGGUCACAUAUGGCAAAAAUUUCGAAACAUUGAAUUAGAAAAAAAUAAUUGAUUUUUAUUGAUAUUUUUAAUCGAAUUGUUCGUCUUUCAAUGCUCGUUGUUCUUUUCAAUUGGUGGAGUAUCUCUGAAAAUAAGGUGUAGAUGAAAAGUCGUCUAUCCAGAUCUGAUCUGAUCUGACCAGGUAAAAUCAGAAGCUAGAUCAAAGUUGAUCGGAUUGCAAUGAGACCUGUUCUGACCUGAUCAGAUCCAAUAUGGCGAAAUCUGAUCAGAUGUGAUGAGAUCCGAACCUGUAACCUGUCCAGAUGCAAUUAGGAGUAAAUCUGAUCAGAUCUAAUAAGACUAAAUUUUCCAUUGGAUUAUAUCAGUUGUAUUUCGACAUAAUUAGAUCUAAUCCUUCUUUUUUGAAUUAGAAAUUUUCAUCCAAAAAUAUGUAAAAAUUAACAUUUUUGAUAAAGCAGGACCUUUGGUAGGUAAUUAGAGAGGAAUAAAAUUGAGAAAAUGAGAAAAAAGUGAGUAGGUACAUAUUAAGUUUUUUUUAGGUUAGUACAUAUUUUUAAAAAAAUAUACGAAAUGCAAAAUUUGAAAAAAAAACAAAGCAAGACUACUUAACUUCAUUUCAAAAACAAAAAUACCCAAUUUCUUAUGAUUUUUUUUUCAAAUUUAAAUUUGUAAAAAUACAUAGCUUGUGUUUGAAAAAUGAAAAAAAAACAUCAAACGAUCUUAAUAAAUUAAAAAUUAGCUUUUCUAACGCCUUAAAUUCGAUGAAGAUUUUUAAAAUUACAUUUUUUUUUUCAAUUUGUUCGUAGCUCUUUUCGAUUUGAAACUUUUGCAGAACCUCAUCCAUUUAAAUUGUGUGCAUUUUUUGAUGUAUUAUCCCCUCCCCCUCCCCCCACUUUUUAUCCUCACAAAAAUCAAGUUUAACCUUUUCUUCUUCAAUCAAGGUUCGUCUUUUCAAUUUUAAGUAUAGGUAGUUAGGCAACGUUAGCAACGUGUUCAUUUAGAGUUUUCUUUAUUGGUAUUCGAUUUUCGAUUGUUUCCAAAUUUUUAGUUGUGCCACUUUUCCCCCUCCACUUUAGUCAUCCGGUCUAAAUGAAAAUUAGCCAGGUAAAUUUUCAAUAAUCAAUAUAUAGGAUUUCUUGAAAAUAAAAAAUGAAAUAAAUACUGUUCACUGAAAACAAUUACUCGUAUCUGCAACUCAGCAACAAUGAAGUUCGAUUUCAAAUAAUGAUUUUCCAGCCAGGAAUUUGAAAAAUUCUUCUUUCAAACUACCGAAAUGAACAUUGGGAAACGAAUGGGGGGGGGGGAGCUAGGGAUCAAACGAUUUCUAUUAUACAAAUAGGUACUUCCUUUCAUUGUCACCCUAUAAAUAAUAUGCAGACAAUCAACACCUUUUACCUAUACAUAUACUAUUACUUAUUUUAUUUCGUUGAUCUCAUUAGUUAUCUUGCUCAAUGAUUCACACACAUGCGUAAUACACAAUUGUACCUGGAUUUUGAAAAAGACUUUUUGUAUUAUUAGAAAAUUGUAAAGCAUUACUCUGCUAACCUUAGAGGAAGAAGAAGUACCACAUUUAUAUUGUAUGUAUACAUAAUACCGAUGCAAUAUGAUUUUUACUUAAUGUGUA